AUGUCCGAGCGUAAUCCAGCGGUUUCUAACCGUUUGACUAGAAGCUCAGCGCCUCCCGGGGUAAAUAACAACCCAGGCCCAGCAGAUCCCGCAGGUAGUCAGGCAAAUAACGGUGUGGGCGAUCUUUUCGAUCGGCUUUUUCACCCCACAGGUGCCACAGCUCGCAACAGCACUCGCGCAGCUACUGCUCCGGCUCUAGGAGCUCCGAUCCAGUUGCGCAACUCUGCGUCUUCGUCUACUGGUUCUAACGGGAACUCGGUUCUUCGGGCUAGCUCCGUCGUCCAGCGUCUCAUAGACGACGUCCGUUCCAGGCCAUCUCCAGGAGCCUCAUCCGCAGCUAUAGAACGACAGUUGGUCGGCGAUAAUCCUCGCGUUGGGCCCGAUAAUUUGAAUCAAGAACGGCCGCGAUCUGA